AUGACAAAAGAUAACAGCGGUAAUGAAUACGAAGUUAUCACAAUUGGUGAUCAAGGAAGGUUUCAAGCCACAAUUUCAGAACUUGGCGCUACUUUGCUUGACUUAAAGGUGAACAACCAAUCGAUUGUCCUAGGAUACCCCAAAAUUCAAGAUUAUAUAUCGGACGGCUACAACUAUAUUGGUGCCACCGUUGGUCGUUAUGCAAAUCGUAUUUACAGGGGUGUCUUUAGUUUGGAGGACGGUCCCCAUCAGUUGACUUUGAACAACUGUGGAAACACUAACCAUAGUAGUAUCAGCUCUUUCCAUCUCAAGAAAUAUAAGGCAUCCCGAGUUGAAAAUCCUCUCGAGAACCUUUAUAUCGUUGAAUUCUCGUUGUUGGAUGACCACACACAGCCUAAUGAAUUUCCAGGGGAUCUAGCAGUCACACUUAAGUACACGUUGAAUGUUGUUGACAUGACCUUGGACCUGGAAUAUGAGGCAAAACUGAUUAGUGGAGAAGCCACUCCUAUCAACAUGACCAACCACACAUACUUUAAUCUAAAUAAAAGUAUGGAUAAAAAAUCCAUCAGCGGUACGGAAGUUAGACUUUGCUCAGAUAAAUCAUUGGAAGUCAGCGAAGGAGCACUAAUCCCGACCGGCAAAAUCAUCCAAAGAAAAAUUGCUACUUUUGACUCCCCCAAACCUACCGUUCUUCAGGAUGACGGCCCAAUUUAUGACUACGGUUUCAUUGUUGAUGCAAAUAAGGACUUGAAGACAACAGACUCAGUGAGUGUAAACAAGUUGGUCCCUGUUUUCAAGGCUCAUCAUCCAUUAUCACGUCUCUCGUUGGAGGUUUCGACAACAGAACCAAUGGUCCUAUUUUACACAGGUGACAAUCUAUGUGGUGAAUUCACGCCGAGAUCUGGGUUUGCCGUUGAACAAGGCAGAUAUGUCGAUGCUAUCAACCGUGAUGGAUGGAGAGACUGCGUUCUUUUGAAGCGUGGUGAGGUAUACACUUCUAAGACUCAAUAUCGCUUUGAGAUAUAG